GUGGGGUUAGUUAUAUCAUACCUAGGUUAGGUAGAUAGUUAUCUAGUUAGUUAGCAGCCAACUUACCUUUUUGUCAUGUCCGAUUACCGGAGGGGCCCAAAUUAAUAAGUGAUGUGCUCUACCCUCCAGAAAUUCUUAACAUCUGUUCACCUCAUUGACCUUUCAAAAUGGCGGCAGCUAGAGACAUCCGAUCACCUCAUAACAAUGAUUCACACAAUGUGUCUUCAAGCCUAAACUUUUCAACAUCUCCUACAGUGUCUUUCCAUUCUCCGUCCUCUGGCUACGCAGGCUCCAUUCCGAUUAGUCGUACUGGUCCUUUAGCCACAGCAAAGCACCUUAAACCUUUUGCUACUGAGGAUAUCAAAGUUUUGCUUCUGGAAAAUGUGAAUCAAACUGGGCGUGAUAUUCUUUCCCAGCAAGGAUACCAAGUGGAAUUCCUCAAAUCUUCCCUUCCUGAGGAUCAAUUAAUUGAGAAAAUAAAAGAUGUCCAUGUUAUUGGAAUACGCUCCAAAACAAAGCUCACAGCUCGGGUUUUGAAGGAAGCUAAGAAUCUUAUUGUCAUCGGCUGUUUCUGUAUCGGCACAAAUCAGGUUGAUUUACAAUACGCUGCAGACCAUGGCAUUGCAGUCUUCAACUCCCCUUUUAGUAACUCGCGGAGUGUUGCAGAGCUUGUCAUUGCUGAAAUCAUUGCCUUGGCUCGGCAAUUGGGCGACCGUUCUAACGAGAUGCACCUUGGCACAUGGAAUAAGGUCAGCAAUAAGUGCUGGGAGAUUCGUGGGAAGACACUUGGGAUUAUCGGGUACGGUCACAUUGGUUCCCAGUUGUCUGUACUUGCGGAAGCAAUGGGGAUGUCUGUUAUAUUUUACGAUGUGGUGAAUCUCAUGGCAAUGGGAACUUCUAAGCAGGUGCCCACAUUGGAGGCUCUUCUUGCCGAAUCGGAUUUUGUGACAUGUCAUGUCCCAGAACUUCCAGAAACCAGGAACAUGAUUACGCAAAAACAAUUCGAGCAAAUGAAGCAUGGAAGUUACCUCAUCAAUGCUAGCCGUGGAAGCGUUGUUGACAUUCCAGCUCUCGUCCAUGCAAUGCGCUCCGGUAAGAUCGCAGGUGCCGCACUUGAUGUGUAUCCGAACGAACCCGCAGGAAAUGGAGACUACUUCAAUGACACCCUCAAUUCUUGGAGCACUGACCUUUGUGGCUUGAAAAAUCUGAUUUUGACACCACACAUUGGUGGCAGCACGGAGGAGGCGCAGAGCGCCAUCGGUGUUGAAGUUGCCCAAGCUUUGGUACGCUACGUCAAUGAGGGAGCAACUCUAGGUGCUGUCAAUCUUCCUGAAGUUAACCUGCGCUCCCUUACUAUGGAUGAGCCAAGCCAUGCUCGGGUCAUCUUUAUUCACAAAAAUAUACCCGGUGUUCUGCGAAUGGUUAACGAGAUUCUUGGAGAUCACAAUGUUGAUAAGCAGAUGACUGACAGCAGAGGUGAUGUCGCCUACUUGAUGGCUGAUAUUAGUGACGUCGAUACUGCUACCAUCAAGGAUCUAUAUGAGCGUUUGGAGGGUCUUUCUUCUCGAAUCAUGACUCGUAUUCUCUAUUGAAAUGAGAAUGGGCCCAUGUCCGGUUUGGUUGGUAUCUAAUCUAGGCGUAACCAAGCAUAGCGAUUAAUCAGUCGCUCAGAAAGAAAAAGUUAUUUUUAAUUUAUCUGCAGUCUUAGUUCAAAUUCAAUUCUAUGUAUAGUAGACAUAUGCUGUCUCUUGUUGCCCUGCAAAUCCACAGCAGGCAAAUUCAUGGAGAAGAACGU